ACUUGAAUGGGACAUCAGUUCAGUAGAGGCAAUAGCAUAAAUCGAGUGCCAACAUGACGAUCGCGUGGCUGACUACCGAAGUUUAUAUUAAAACUAAGCUUAGACUUAUUUCAAUUUACAAUGGAGUGAAAGAGCGCUCAAAAAGAUGGGCAUACCUUCUAAUUGUUACGUGGUGUACACUUUUGAUAGCAACAACUGGAAUUCAGAUAUCGAUGGUUACGGCAUAUCAAGAGCAAGAAGGAUCUCAUGACGUACCGUAUAAUCCUUGGUUUCCUGCCACCAUGAACGGACUAACAAUGUGUCUUUAUGCUGCAGUGCUGUCAGCACUUGUUCUUUGGUCAAUUCAAGCCUAUUCAAGAAAGUUUGCCGUCACGUGUUUUUCAGUUACACUAAUAGGGUACUUAUUACUGGACAUGGCAGUCUUCUUCUACUAUCCCCUUCGACUUGUGACUCGAUGUAGCCUGUCGGAUUUCAAUGGAAUUAUGCGCAAAUGCCGUGCUGAAUUUAGUGACGUCUUGAUGGUGGUGCGACGUGGAAGCACACCAAUGAUGUUCUCUAUAGUGGGCGUCCUUCAUGGUUUGGUCAUUUCUUUUUCACUUGCUGUCAUGAUUGCUGUCCUCAUUAGAAAAAAACAGGUAAAAUAUGAAGUUAACGGACGUGGUAAUGGACACGGAAUUUCACAAGAAAGCUACACAGAUUUCGACGAUAUAGAAUUAAAAUAA